UUCCCGUCUUGUCUCCUAACGAUGGCGUCCGGCAGCAGGGUCUCCUGCGGGAGAGAUUUAAGUUGUGUUCCCGAAGUAGCGGAUACUCUCGCCGCGGUAGCCAAACUAGGCUUUGAUUUCCUGUGCAUGCCGUUGUUCCAUCCACGGUUCAGAAGGGAAAAUGAGCUGGACCCUGCAAAGUCACGACCUGGAGCCCAAACUCGCUCUGACCUGCUGUUGUGUGGCAGAGACUGGAACACACUUAUUGUGGGAAAGUUAUCACCCUGGAUUGAGACGGACUCUGAGUUGACCACAGAGCGCAGAAAUUCAGAGGCAGCACUAGUACAGGAGCUGAAUUUCUGUGCUUAUCUGGGACUGCCAGCUUUCAUGAUACCCCUGAGGGGUCCGCACUGUGCAAACCUGGCUCGAAUCCUGCUCAACCACAUCAACACAGGACACCACUCUUGCAUGUUUUGGAUACGAGUUCCACUGGUGGCUCCAGAUGACCUGCGUGACGAUGUCAUCGAGAACGAACCGGCUAAACCAGUGGAUGAUUACAGCACUGAUGAGCAAACCUGGGCAUGGUGGCACUCAUUCAGAACACUCUGUGAUUAUAACAAGAGGAUUUGCCUCGCUGUUGAUAUCGGAGCUGACCUGCCGUCUGACACGGUGAUCGACAAGUGGCUGGGAGAGCCAAUCAAAGCAGCCAUUCUCCCCACCAGCAUAUUUCUAACCAAUAAAAAAGGAUUUCCUGUCCUUGCAAAAGCCCAUCAGCGAAUCGUCUUCCGCCUCUUCAAGCUGGAGGCUCAGUUCAUUUUCACAGGGGCAAACCGUCACAGUGAGAAAGACCUGCGCUCCUACCUGCAGUAUCUCGAGUACCUCAACCAAAAUCGUCCAGCACCUAAUGCCUAUGAGAUGUUUGCCAGAGGCUAUGAAGAUUACCUACAGUCACCACUACAGCCAUUAAUGGACAAUUUGGAGUCACAGACGUAUGAAGUGUUUGAAAAAGAUCCUAUUAAAUAUUCUCAGUACCAGCAGGCCGUGUACAGAUGUCUGUUAGACAGAGUUCCCGAAGAACAGAUGGAAACCAAUGUACAGGUACUGAUGGUACUAGGUGCAGGUCGCGGUCCGCUAGUAAACGCCUCGCUUCGUGCAGCUAAACAGGCUAAGAGGAAGCUGCGUGUGUAUGCUGUCGAGAAGAACCCCAAUGCUGUGGUUACCCUGGAGAACUGGAAGUUUGAGGAGUGGGGGGAUCAAGUGACUGUUGUGUCAUGUGACAUGAGGGAAUGGACGGCCCCAGAGAAGGCAGACAUCAUUGUGAGCGAACUCUUGGGCUCAUUUGGAGACAAUGAGCUCUCGCCGGAGUGCCUUGACGGAGCGCAGCACUUUCUCAAAGAUGACGGAGUGAGCAUUCCCUGCUCCUACACGUCUUUUCUGGCUCCAUUGUCGUCUUCUAAAUUAUAUAAUGAAGUCAGAGGCUGUCGGGAACGGGACAAAGACCCCGAGUCCCAUUUUGAGACACCAUAUGUUGUUAGACUACACAACUUCCACCAAAUUGCAGACCCCCAGCCCUGCUUUACUUUUGUACACCCAACUACAGAUAUGAAUAAUAACAGGUAUCAGUGUUUACGCUUCUCCGUGGGCUGUAAUUCAGUGCUUCAUGGCUUUGCUGGAUACUUUGAGGCCACCCUCUACAAAGACGUCAUGCUCAGUAUAAAACCUGAAACACACUCUCCUGGAAUGUUCUCCUGGUUCCCCAUCUUAUUCCCUUUGAAACAGCCAAUUCAGCUGUCGUCCGCCGAUAACGUGAGCGUGAGGUUCUGGAGGUGUAACAAUGGCAAGAAGGUCUGGUAUGAAUGGGCGGUGACCGAACCUAUAUGCUCUGCUAUUCACAACCCGGCCGGACGCUCUUACACCAUUGGCCUGUAGGGAUACUCAUACAGUAUAUAGGUCUAUGCUGUUUUUUUCCAGUAGAGCAGCAGGCUUGAUAACCUUGUUUCCAUGGCUCAUUCUUUAUCGAUCUCAGAGCUAUGUUAAAAGAUGUCAUACUUUGUUUCAGAGAUCUUUGGUUACUAUACAAAUGUGUACAUUUUUUAAUACGGUCAAAAGGAUGAAUUAAAAGCGUACUUACAAGGUACCCUUUAAAGCAGGUGAGAUGUCCUGGUGCACUUUCUCUGUUCUGAAAUGUUUUUCACACAAUAAAGCCUGUUUUUAUUUUGGGCUAUAAAAAUGCAAAAGCUCUGAGUUUUUGAAGAUUUCAUAGAACCUAUUAUGCGAGUUAAGAUAUGCAUAUAUUUCCCUAUUGCCCACCAGUACCCUGAAAUGCAACAUAUGAUUUCCCAAGGCCAGGUUAAGAAACACGUUCCAUACUUUUAUACGUUUUUCCUGAUUAUGUAUUGUCAUAACAUGAAUAAAAAAUGAAUAGAAAGUU